GUGUUUACGAAUUCGUUAUUUAGUUCAAAACAGCCACGCUAAUUAUUAAGCAAAAUUACUAAAUUUGUCACAGUAAAAUGAGACAUUACGCUUUAGUUCUGGCUGUAUUUGUAUUUGUUACAAUUAAUUGCGGCGACUGUUGGGUAUUUAAUAAACUAAAUUACGAACAAUUGGCAAGGGCAGCUGAGGAUCCAGAUGCAGAUAUAUCUGACGAUGAAUUGAGAGAUUUGAGAUUAAGUUUAAUAUAUCCAGGUACAAAAUGGUGUGGUGCAGGCAACAUAGCCGAUGACUACGAUGAUCUCGGCCCAUCCGAGGAGACCGACAAGUGCUGUCGAACUCACGAUAAUUGUCCAGAUCUCAUAGAAGCUGGGGAGACAAAACACAACCUUACCAACACGGCGUUCUACACUCGUCUAAACUGCGAUUGUGACGAGAAAUUUCGAGAUUGUCUACACAACGCAAACAGUACCACAUCGAAGCGGAUAGGCACAAUUUAUUUUAACGCUUUGGGCACACAGUGCUACAGAGAAGAUUAUCCGAUUAAGUCGUGCAAGAAGAAAGGAGGAUGGUUCAACCGAAAAUGUGUAGAGUACGAAUAUGACACAAACGGAGACAAGCAAUACCAAUGGUUUGAUGUUCCUAAUUAUUAAGUUUCAGUUUUCAUAUGUAUUAAAAUACUGUUUGUGAAUAAAUAACUGUACUCGUUUAUAUAUAUAUAAAAAUAUUUGAAUAGGUAAUGGUGAACUUUAUAAGUGUCGAUACGGAUUUCUCUAGAGUGUUUCAAAGAUUUCUGUAAUCACUUGUUCUUAGAAGAAACUACUUACACUUGAGUAACUUUUUUAUUUAUAAAUAUGAAUGUAGCAUAACUAAAAAUCUUUAUCAUAUUAAAAAAAUUGUGUAAAUAUGAUUAUUUCAAUAUUUCUAAAUGUAAUGAAGGACAUUUUAAUAAUAAAAACAUACAACAA